AUGACUCAUGAAGAGGCGCAUCGGGCCACCCCUUGCGCGGCGCGGCGCUGGGGGAAGCCUUUCCCCAGCGUGGCAACCGUUUUCUCCCGUGCCGGGCGGAGGAGGCCUCGCUCCACCUCCGGCUCCUCCUGCCGCCCCGUCGUCAUUUCCAGUGCGGCUGUCGCUGCUGUCACAUCCGCCUCCUCGGGAGGAGGAGCAGGAGGCGCCGAAGGGGAGGCGCAGACGAGCAGCGAGCAAGCGCCAGCCGCGUCUCCAAGUUCCAGGCCCCGGGCGCGUAAUGCGGAGCGCGGCGGGGGCUGGUUGCAGCGCCCGGGCGGGGGCCCGGAGGCGGCGGAUCGGGGCCUGGCCGGUGCUAGGCGGCUAGAUCCGCGCAGCUGCUGCCGGGAGAGGAGGGAGGAAGCCAGCCAGACGGAGGAGGGAGAGAAAGAGAAGAGACGCGCAAGAGACGCCAGCUGCCGUGCGCCAAAGCGCGCUUUGGAGAGACCCCCGUCGGGACUUGGAGAGGGACGCGCGGCGGCGAGGGUGAUUAUCCGGGGGCGGAGGGGGCGUCACUUGUCCUUAGGAUCCCGCGGCGGAUAGAGACGGGAGGGUGCAGGGAGGGGAGUCCGUGGCGGCGAGCCCGAUCCGGGUUGAGUUUCCUUUCGCUUUGCGCGCGCCUCCCUCCCCGAGGAGAGGAGAUUAUCGGUGCGCCUUCGGGCCUCCCUUCUCCCCCGAGGUGCGCUGCCUUUAGGGACCUCCUCGCGAGUCGGCCUGGCGGCUCCACCGAGCGCGCUGUUGCCGACGCGGACCGGCAGCGGCUCCCCGGGGUUUCGGGCAAGGAACGGGCUCCCUCUUUCCACCCCACCAGCCCUUCCUGGAUGCAAGAACAAGAUGCCAGUCCUCAAGGAUCUGGGGUAAGGGUAGAUUUAAGCCGAGAAGCUGCCUUCUGCAGUGGGCCCCAAUCCCUCAGUAUUGCCGGAACUGGCUGGCAGCAGCUGUCCAGGGGCUUCAAGACUGAACCCGGGAGGUCGCCUUCUUAAAUCUUCUCAACGCCGCCUCCCCUUUUCUUUUUGCAGAGCACCAAGGUGUUAGGCGGUGCUUCAGCACUGGUAAACCCACCGAAAGGUCCAUUGAUUUCAGUAGGUCUCCGAGGAGGAGGAGAACCUAGUUGGGAACUGUUUGCUUCUCUCGUAUUUGGGGGAUGUGUGUGUGUUUGUUUUGCAAACUUCGACCCUUUCCAGAGCGCGCACAUACACAGUAGAGCAGUCCGGGUGUCUGCACCUUUACCUGUUUACUCUGAAGUCAGCCCCCCUCCCUCCUGAGUUGCGUGCCCCACCCCCCCACCCCCCAGAGAUACAUCUGGCAGAGUUGAAUACUUAACGGUGUGUGUUUAGAAGGCAGGCAGCGGCCGAUGAUGUCAUUAUUGUUUUUCCAUAGCACACCCUUUGACAGGGCUGUUCAUCCUGGAAAGGCAAAAAAAAACCUUGUCCAAUCCACAGAUGGCUCUGCAGCAAUAUAUAUAUAUAUGGAAUUUGUAGUUAAGGGAGUCGGCUUGGCGGCCUCUGCCCUGGACUGCGGAAAACGUCUGUGAAUAUAUCUAUAUACAGUGGUACCUUGGUUCUCAAAGAUUUGGUUUCCUGCGCGGAAACCAAUGUCCCCGCUGUGGAAGGAUGUGUGGAUCCAGAAUUGGCCUCCACCGUCACUUACAGACUCAUUGUUAAAACCGUGUUUAUGGAAGACAAUCUUACUCGGCUACAAGGGAUCGCCAAAGAAGAAGAAGGUUCUCAAACUUAAUCCGUUCCAAAACCAAAGCGUUCCAAAACCAAGGCACGCUUCCCCAUAGAAAGUCAUGCAAAAGGGAUUAAUCCGUUCCAGACUUUUAAAAACAACCCUUAAAACAGCAAUUCAACAUGAAUUUUACUAUCUAACGAGACCACUGAUCCAUAACAUGAAAGCAAUAAACAAUGUACUGUACUAUAAAAUAAAUAAGACAGUAUUGUAGAUGAUAAAAAUUAAAAUUAUUUCCCCCCCCCCCUUUACCUGCACUGAUGACAGUCAUUGUUUGGACGGGGGGGCUUUUAUCCAUUUCCGCAGUCACACAAUCGAUCCAUCAGUAGUUUAACUGGGUUCCACAGUCACAGAAACAAAUGAAUCGAAAACCCUUUUAUUUCAAAUGGGUUGUUUGUGGGGCCUGCCUGGUGUUUUUACAUGAGUAGAAUGUGUCCUUUUAUUUAAAAUGCAUCUCUGGGUUAUUUGCGGGGCAUAGGAAUUCGUUCAUUAUUUUCCCCCCAAAAAAUAUAGUCUGGCCCCCCACAAGGUCUGCGGGACAGUGGACCGGCCCCCUGCUGAAAAAGUUUACUGACCUCUGGUCCAGUCCAACCCUUUGCAGUGCAGGGUGAAAUCCGUACCCCGUUACAAACGAUGGAGUCCCUGUGGUUGUUUCUAACGGUCCUUUCCUUCUGUUCCCCAUUUUUUUCUUUCUCUCUUUUUCCCCCAAAUUUUUUUUAUUGGUUUUCACAAUAUUAUAAACAAACAAACAAACACACAAGACAAACAAACAUAAAUCAUAGCCUUAUUGAAAAUUACACUUAUUGACUUUGUUAAGUGACUUUCUCCCUUCCCAUUGGUUGAAUUUCAUUGCGUGUCCUUUUAACAGUUUCCCAAAUCCCAAUUCUUACAAAAUUUUACUUAAACAUUAACAUCCUUAAAUCUUCACCUUAUGGAAUUAAACAUAUUAACUCAUCACUUCACAGAAAUAAAAUCCUAAGCCAAUUAAGUAUCUGCAAGCUGUUUUCAGUUAACUUAACAAAUUUAACUUGUUGUUGUUUAGUCGUGUCCUCCUCUUUGUGACCCCCUGGACCAGAGCACGCCAGGCCCUCCUGUCUUCCACUGCCUCCCGCAGUUUGGUCAAACUCAUGCUGGUAGCUUCAGGAACACUGUCCCACCAUCUCGUCCUCCGUCGUCCCCUUCUCCUUGCGCCCUCCAUCUUUCCGAACAUCAGGGUCUUUUCCAGGGAGUCUUCUCUUCUCAUGAGGUGGCCAAAGUAUUGGAGCCUCAGCUUCAGGAUCUGUCCUUCCAGUGAGCACUCAACCACAAAUUUAACUAGAUAAUCAUUAAAUUUAAUCCACUCUCUCUUUUUAUUUUUAGGACUCUGCAGAGGGAAACGGAUGCUCAGCCAGGAGACAUUGGAACGCAGCCGUUGGACGCCGGAAUGUGGGAGAACCCUCUCAUAGUUCUUCGGAGUGGGCAUGUCAUAAAGGCUUCCUACGUCCGGCGGGAGGCUAA